UCCAAAAAGGCCAAAAACUAUGUCCUCCAAUGGUAAUUGCCUAAUAGGACAACCCACUCUCUCAACCGUCACUACUUCAUCUCUCUCCUUUAUUUCCCUGACCACCAAUCACCUCCUUUUCUCUCCAAAUCUUAUCCAAUUCACCACCACCAACCUUGUAGCAAUCAUCGAGCUCUACAACACAGUCCACUCCUUAAUAACACAAGUUUCGUAGAAAAGCAAAUCCCACUUUUUUCUAUAUUGUGCAUAACAUUAUGACACAAAAUUCUGGGAUAAUUCCAUUUUUUUCCCAUCUGGGUCAUGGCCAUUUUCACUGUAUCGAAAUGUUUUCUUAGCCUAAUUUGGCUCAUAAUAUUCCAAACCAUACCCAAUUUUUGUCAUUUUGGUCUGAAAUGGAAGAACAAAAUGUGCAACAAACUACCAGCAAUCUCAAUCCUCCAAGAAACAUUCUGUUCGGAAAAUACGAGAUGGGAAGGGUAUUAGGCCAAGGCACCUUUGCCAAAGUCUACUACGGCAAGAACCUCAUCAGCAACGAAAGCGUUGCAAUCAAGGUCAUCAACAAGGACCACAUCAAGAGAGAAGGCUUAAUGGAACAAAUCAAGCGAGAGAUCUCUAUCAUGCGCUUGGUUCGCCACCCAAAUAUAGUUGAACUGGAGGAAGUCAUGGCUACCAAGGGAAAGAUAUACUUCGUGAUGGAAUAUGUGAAAGGUGGUGAGUUGUUUGCCAAAGUAGCAAAGGGAAAGCUCAAGGAAGACUUGGCAAGAAAGUAUUUUCAACAGUUAGUUAGCGCAGUUGAUUUCUGUCAUAGCCGUGGUGUUUCACACCGAGACUUGAAGCCCGAAAAUCUUCUUCUGGAUGAUAACAAGGACUUGAAAGUUUCUGAUUUUGGCUUGUCCGCACUGCCUGAACAGCUCUGGAAUGAUGGUUUGCUACACACACGCUGUGGCACACCAGCUUAUGUGGCUCCUGAAGUGUUAGGAAAAAAAGGGUAUGAUGGAGCUAAGGCUGAUAUAUGGUCUUGUGGUGUGAUUCUCUUUGUUUUGCUUGCUGGGUAUUUGCCAUUUCAAGCUGAGAAUGUUAUGAAAAUGUAUAGGAAGGUUUUCAAGGCUGAGUAUGAUUUUCCUCAAUGGUUUUCCACUGAUGCAAAGCGGUUGAUAUCUGAGCUCCUUGUUUCUGAUCCAGAAAAGAGAAUUUCAAUCCCGGAGAUUAUGCAAAAUCCUUGGUUCCAAAAGGGGUUUUCAAAGCCAAUCGCUAUUUCAAUCCCAGAGCCAGUGGGAGAGACCAAUGACAAGGAUGAUGAUAAGAUUAUUGAGGAAAUGGAAGUGGAAAAAACGACUUCUUCGUCACCGCCCUUUUAUAACGCUUUUGAGUUCAUUUCUUCCAUGUCUUCAGGUUUCGAUCUGUCGAGUUUGUUCGAAAAAAAGAGGAAAUCCGGGUCAAUGUUCACAUCCAAAUGCUCGGCAGCAGCUAUUGUUGCAAAGUUGGAAGCUGUGGCGAAGAGGCUGAAUUUUAGUGUGGGUGUGAAGGAAUUCAAGGUGAAAAUGCAGGGGAAAAUGGAAGGGAGGAAAGGGAAGUUGGCUGUGACGGCGGAGGUGUUCGAGGUGGCGCCAGAGGUGGCGGUGGUCGAAUUCUCAAAGUCGGCCGGAGACACUCUUGAGUACAAGAAGUUCUGUGAGGAAGAUGUGAGGCCAGCGCUCAAAGACAUUGUUUGGAGUUGGCAGGGUGAGAAUAAUUGUCGCUAACUUUAAGGGGCUUUAUAGUAAGUCCAAUACGAUCACAUAGACCUUAGUUAGAAACAUAGAAUCUGUAGUUUUUUUUUUCUUUUUUUUUUCGUAUUGUGAAUUGUAAUGCUGUGUUUUGUGAUAGGUAUAUAUUUUUGUUUUGUGAUAGGUAUAUAUUUUGAUGAAUGAGUAAGAAUGUAUAUGAUGAAUGAAUGAUGGGUAAUUUCUGACA